AUGAGCCCUUCGGUCUCGUCCCAUGCGGCAAAUCAUGAUUGCAUGUUGGCACAGAUCGACCCGGUUGGUCCGUUGGAACGUCCCAAGCCAGCCUCAUCAGUGCUUGAUCGAAUUCCGAAAGUUGUGAUUGAUGAGCGAGUUUUUCCCUUGCCCGCUGAGCGGCGAGUGCAUGCCUCUUUGCAUCCCGCAGAGCAAUUUGCGCAAGACGUGCUGUCGUCUGGUGAACCUGUGACAGCAGCUUGUGUUGAGCGCCUUUUCAAUUUGUUACCUGCUAGGUUGGAUGAGCGAUUUGGUUCGGGUUCUGGCAGAUCCUUUGUAGCAGGUGUUUUCCGGCAUGGGGGUGUCGUUGGCCUCACGAACACCUGUCGUUCGUUUCCCCAAUCAGUCAGCUUGGCCAUCACUUGGGCCAUGCAGCAAGCCGGGUCCAAGAUUUCAGAUUUUACAUUUUGCUCGAUUUCUUUGAACCUCAACGUAAAGACUGAAGUUCACCGCGACGUGAACAAUGAUGAUGCUGACAAUCUCGUGUUGGCUGUCACCAAUUUCUCAGGCGGACACAUCUGGGCCCAAUCCGAGUCCGGCAGCCACAUGCUGCCUGUCAAUGGGUCCUUGGUCCCUGGAGAAUUGUAUGACGUUGCAGCAGCCCCAGUGCGUUUCUAUGCACGAAAGCGCUUGCAUUGCACGAUGCCUUGGACGGGCGACAGGCUAGUCCUCAUUUUGUUCUCGGGCGGGGAUGCAACUCAGUUACCCAGCCUUGACUUUGAGCACCUUAAAUCCCUUGGGUUUAGGCCUUCGGUUUCAGCGUCCACGGCCUGCCCGCCGUUGGCGUAUGUUCCACCGCCUGCCGGAGCCCUUGAGCCAUUGCUUUCUAAGGUGUCUGCCAAGGUCAAGGGGGUGCCUCUUGAUAAUCUCAUGUUUCUUGAUGUUUUCUGUGGUACGGGGGGCCUCUGUGCAUCCAUCAGGCAGCUAGGCAUGAAGCUAAGUGUCGGUCUAGACCGUCACGCGCAACGAGGUUGCAAAUGUCCUGUUGUCUCACUGGACCUCACGAAGCCAGGAUCUCGGGCCAUUCUGCAUGAUCUCCUCAAACAGCCUAAUGUUGUUGCGUGCCACUUGUCUCCACCUGUAACCACCAGUUGCGCCUCCCUGCAGGGCCCUCGCUCAGGUGGUUUCCGCAAUGCCGCGCACCCUGAGGGCCUGCCAGGUUUGCAAGGUACUGAUCUUGAAUUGGUCCAGGGGGCCAACACACUUUUCGCCAUGUGUGCCGAGGUCUGGCAUUUCUGUUGGAGCCAUGGAGUAUUUUGCUCCAUUGCUCACCCGAGUCGAUCCAUCAUGUGGCUUUCAGCGUCACUUCGCUCCUGUCAGUCCACACCUUUCCUCUCCACCUCCCUGCACCAAUGCAUGUUCGGCUCCUACCGCAGGAAGGCCACUCGCCUUUUGCACACGGUGCCCUACCUGCAAAAGCUUGGUGUGACUUGUGACGGCGGCCAUGAUCAUGAACCGUGGCGAUCCCCUGCACAAAAUCGCCUAGGCCUGCCGCCUCUAUUGUGCAAGACCUUUGCCCAAGCAUUUGUGGAUCAGCUGCUUGCGUGCGGUGCGCUUGCCCCGGCGUCCUCUCUUGCAAAUGCUUCCCUGUCGCUCUCCAUGGGCGCCCGUGUUGCUACAGCGACACAACCCUCGGGUCGCAGGAUCCCUCCACUGGUUCCUGAGUUUGCUCGCACAGUAAAGUUGGCAGGCCCGGCCGACCAGCUGCCGUGCACCUCAAAGACCAAGCUGGUGUCACCGUGGGCGGUUCCAAAUGCCUCCGAGCCAGCCCUUUGGUUCCACGGGGUCUGGUCUGAGCUUGAACUGCUUUUUGGCAUACCAUGGACGCCUUCGGAGUUCGUUGAGCAGGCCUGCAAAGCGAAACACCCGCGCUCCUUGGAUCAAGGCGUGCCAGCCUGUAUCGAUCGCUUGUGUGAGCACAGCUCGGUCAGUGUGGCGAGGGAACGCACUGCCGAACUUCGCAAGUGGAUGCUUAGGAAGAAAGAUCUUGAUGAGAGUUUUGAUGGACCCGCGCAUUGCAAGCAGAUUCUAGCUGGAAAACCCAUGAAACUCUUCGGGGAAAUGGUCGAGGCUGCCGGACAUGCUGAUGUGAACUUGGUACGAGAUAUACAUAACGGUUUCGACCUGCUUGGCGAGAUCCCUUCCUCGUCCGUCCUGCCGAAGAAAACCACAGUGGCAUCUCUCAGCAUCGAGGACGUAAGAAUCGCCACCCCGGCGAAUCAGCGUGCGAUUUGGGAGGCUACCCGCACUUGCAGGGAUCCUGAAAUCACUUCGGAAGUGUAUCGCCUUACCUUGGAGGAGCGGGAUAAAGGGUGGCUGACCGGCCCCUUCACUCUCGCCGAUGUGCCAGAGACUGCCAUCGUUACACGCCGUUUUGGCGUCAGGCAAGGUGUGACGACGACGGCCACCGGUGUGGCGGCUAAGAUCCGUCCCAUCGACGACUUCACAGAAAGCCUGGCUAACUUGUCGUGCACGUGUGCGGAAACCAUCGACCCGCAUUCAGUGAACAUCAUUGUUGCCGGGAUCUUGAAGCGGUGCAGGUCGCUACGGAAGUCCGGGAGGGACGCGCGCUUGCUCCUUCGUACAAUAGAUCUACGAAAAGCCUAUAAGCAACUUCCUUUAUCGGAGCGUGCCUUGGGGGAUGCUUAUAUAUGUGUGCUUAACCCGAAUACGGGUGAGCCUGAGCUCUACCAGAGCCAGGUCUUACCUUUCGGCGCAAAGCCCUCUGUACAAGGCUUUUGUCGUGCAUCAGGGGCGAUCUGGGCAGUUGGACAAGCCCUGCUCCACAUCCACUGGUCCGCCUUCUUUGACGAUUAUGUGGUAGUGGCCUCACCCGAGGAAAAGGGUCACCUUGAUCUUGUGUUACGGUCGUACUUUGCCUUGAUCGGCUGGGAAACGUCCGAUGAAAAGGACGCCGGGUUCAAAAGUGUGGCAAAAGCCUUAGGCGUAGAAUUUAGCUUGGAUGAGAUCCACUUGGGUCUGCUUAGGGUGCAAAACACAGAGGCCAGGAAGCGCGAGCUUGUGUCCACCAUCGAAUCCAUCGUGCAGCAAGGUGGAGCGCAUGCCAAAGAGCUUGAGUGCCUGCGGGGCCGUCUUCAGUUUGCCGAGUCGCAGGUGUUUGGUCGGGGCGCGGCCCAACGCAUGCGAGCUAUAUCAAAGGCAAUGAAGCUUUCAGGUUUUGUGGCUCUUGACGACUCCUUGGCCGAGGCCCUGCUUUUCUUGAAAGAUCGAGUUUUGCACGGGGAAGCAAGGAUGAUCAGGGCCUGUGAUCGUCCCACCUAUCACUUGUUCACGGACGCUUCCUAUGAGGCGGAUGUGCCAGCAGGUCUAGGGGGCAUCCUUUAUAGUGAUGGGGGUUUGCUUCUUAGGUGGUACUCUGAGUCUGUCGACACGGACGUUUUAGAGGCCAUUAACAAGGAAGGCAAGAAAGGUCUGAUCUACGAGUUGGAGGCUUGUGCUGCAGUGCAGGGUGUGGUGCAACUUUGCAAUUCCUUGAAUGACUGCAAUCUCAUUUGCUAUUGCGACAAUGAAGCCGCCCUCGCGGCUCUCAUCAGGUGUGCUUCCGAAUCCCCGGUGGUGGCAUCGCAGCUCAACAAGCUCAGCAUGCUUGAGGAUGAGAAAGGAAUCAGUGUAUGGCGAAGAGCUGUUGUUCUAGCGGCAUCUGAUCUUGAAUGGGGAGUGGCAUCAUCUGCCUUUCACUUGCAGGAUGUUUUCACUUGCGGGAACGUGCCGGAAAUCCCGAUGCAGGGCCGACUUGGCCCGAGAAUGCUGGCCUCGCUCAGCAGCGAGCUGAGCCUGAUACUGCACUUGCCGGAGCGCAUAGUGAAUACAGUCAUUUUUGGGGCUUAUUCGAUGAACAGCAACACCUUGACUCACAUGAUGAACUGCAUGGAUUUUGGCAUGGGCAUGGUUGCGAUUUUCAUGCUUCUUUUCAUGAUGAUUCUUAUUCCGGUUUUCGAGCAGCUCUUUUACAGACGACAAUACGCCAGCCAGGGCCGGUCCCAAGUCCGGCGGCGCAACAGGACCAUCCUUACGACGACGACAUCUUUCCUGAGCGCAGAGGACACACUUGGUACAAAGGCCGAUGGCUCUCAGCAGCCGCCCUUUGUGGACAGUACGUUCCCUCAACUGAGGCAUUGCAAGCUUCUUUCCUGGAACUCAGGCGGCCUAGCAGCUAACAACUGGGACAUCCUGCAGAACUGGUUAGCUGAUCAUGCAGUGCAGCUUUGUUGUAUACAGGAAACGAGAUGGAACAUGGAGCAAUUCUGGAACAAUGGACAUUAUCACGUCAUCCAUCACGGCCAAGGCCGCUCAGGUGGACUUAUGACGCUGAUCCACAAUGGGCUGGCUCACAAGGGACAAAUUCGGUCCGGUACCAUGGCAAAUGGCAGGAUCCAACACACCCGGAUCUACGACCCGGACGGCGGUAUUGACAUCAUAAACAUUUAUCAGCGGGUCUGGUCACAUGGAGCCGUGGCAGACGUAACAGCUCAGCGAAAGACAGUCUGGAACGCGCUCAACGCGUGCUUGGACGGGAUCCCAGCGCGAAACCAAGUGUUGGUUUGCGGUGAUUUCAACACACAGUUGCCGCAUUGCAAAGGGGUGACCGGCACAGCAGUCAGCAACACAACUUAUCGAGACAAGAGAGAUGAACAUGAACUCCUUGACAUUCUCCGAUUACAUGGACUGAUUGCAGCCAACACCUUUCACGAUGCCAAACAGUACACUUAUUGUGGCUCAGGCUCCCGCUCCCAGAUCGACUACCUCUUCAUGCGCUCAAACCAGGCCCAGGGCCUCAGCAAGCGCGCGCAUGGACUUCACAAAUUCCCGUUGUUGGCAGCCCGCGGUGAGGGCUAUCAUGUUCCUUUGCUGGCGCAUGUCCCCAGGAGAUGGCGCAUUUGGCGCUACGACAGUGCACCUCGCCAACCACGCGGUCCCAGCAGGCCUGAACUACAACGUCAUAUCAAAGAUCACGUGGCUCAUGUCGAACAUUACCUGCAGCAAGCCCUCGUGUCCCCCUUUGACAGUGUAGAAGCAGUGGACCAAGCCAUCAUUGAGGUCCAAAAUCAAAUUGCUACGCAGGUCCAGCAUGUGCCAGUACAACACCAACGGCCAUGGCAAAACCUCGAUCUGCGCACAGUCCUCAAGCAGGCCUGGGCACAUCUACGGCAAGCCAGGGCACGACGCGGCUGCGGACUUCGCGAUGUUUUUCAGGCGUGGAGACACAUGCAGCAGUUCAGUAAGCUCAUCAAAUCGACAAGGACUCCAUGUCGGCGACUUAGACGCCAGCGGCUCCUGAGCAUCCUCAACGAUGCCCAAUAUCAAGAACGGAAGCGGAAUAUCCAUGGCAUUUAUCGGCUAGUUGAUCGAUUGGCGCCGAAGCGCACUCAGGCUAGGCCGCAGAUGCGAGAUGAUGCGGGCGUCCUGCUGGAUGCUAGACAGGAGGCCACGAAGACAGCUAGCUACCUCCGGUGCUUGUAUGUGGGCGAACCUUGUGUCGAUCCUCUCAUGUUGCUAGCGGGUGUAGGGCAGAUUCUGACUACUCAGGAUAUAUAUGACGGUCUUCAGGCCAUCCCCGUGAACAAGGCAGGGCCCAAACACUUGGCCUUGAAUUCCAUGUACAAACACGCGUCAGCAUGGCUGGCACCCAUCUAUGCGGAAUUCCUGGCCUCGUGGUGGAACGGUCGUGUGCCCUAUAUCCCACAACCUUUCAAGGAUGCUUGGCUGGUCAUGUUGACCAAACCUGGCAAGGUUUGUCGAGGCCCUGCUGAUAUGAGACCAAUCGGUCUCUCCCAUCCCGUGGGGAAGGCACUGCUACGAGCUUUGCGUGAGAAAGUCCAGCCCUGGGCAACCGAGUACAUGGCUUAUACACCGCAGUGGGGUUAUCUGCGCGGCCGCGAGGCUUCAGAUGCUAUGGCUCGUGCUUUUGGGCAUUGCUCUGCAGUUCGAGCCUUAUGUCAGUCACAGACCCAGAACAUAAAUCACAAACGAGCGGGGCAUCAACGACAGGAGCUGGUGGGCGGACUGGCAGUAGCCUUAGACAUAGCCAAAGCGUUCGACUCGGUUCCCCAUGCUGAAAUAAACCUGGCUAUGCAGGCAGCACAGAUACCUCCAGAGCUUCGACAGCUAGUUCUUCUAUGGAUCACAGGCGCGCAGUAUCAUCUGAAAGGAGAGGGUGGCAACCUAACAGUGGACGUAGGCCGAGGAGUACGACAAGGAUGUGUCCUCUCCCCAUUGCUAUAUAUCAUGGUCGUGGCACGGCUACAUUCCCAGCUUCGAAGCGCCUUCGGAGACGAGGCGGACCAGAUCUUGGAUUACUUUGCAGAUGACACUCUGAUUCACCAAGAGUUUACGUCGCCCCAAGGUUUUCGGGAGGCCAUUGAGCGAGUGGGGAAGUUGCUGGAGGUCCUGGCCCAAGCCGGCUUGAACAUCAACGAUGACAAAACCCAGGUCCUGCUACGGUUAGCGGGCAGUCGGGCAAAACGGAUGCUUCAGGAAGUCACCGAAACACGACGGGAUGGUCGGCAACUGAGAGUCUCAGCGUUAUGGAUGCAGCGAUUCUUACCAGUGUGCAAACAGGCCAAGUACCUGGGAGCGCAGCUAUCAUAUGAAGCCUAUGAAGAUGCUACCUUGCACCACAGGGUGACGGCAGCAAGGGCUACCUAUGGACGACUACGCCGCAUUCUUACCAGUCGCAGCAAUCUUUCUCUCACUUCGCGAGUUCGUUUGUGGUCUGCAUGCGUCGCGUCAGGGCUGUAUUAUGCUUUGGACUCCAGCGGUAUCUCGAACAAUGGCUUGCAAAAGGUUCGGGUCUUGGUACAGAAGCAACUACGCGCCAUAGCGCGUAUGCCAACCCACAUAACGCACGUCAGCAAUCAGGAAUUACUUGAUCGGCUGGGGGUUUGCGAGCCGGGGGCCCACAUCCUCCACAACAUGCAGGGACAGCUGCGUCGAUGGCAGGCAAAUGCAGACCAUGACAAUCCCAUUCCCAUCAAGGCGCAAGCUACUAUCGGAAGAUGGCGGCAGCAACGUGUGGAUGAGCUAAGCGCUCAGCUACAACUGGAGCAGAAGGUGAACUUCUUCAAGCACUUGCUACCGGUGGGAAGCCAACAAGAGCAGAGCGGGGCGAACAGGGCCACAACGGCAACACACGCGCCGCUGCAGACGAGCAAGCGGCCCAGGACGGAGGAGCAGCAAGGACGCCGACCACCGCGCAAAAGCAAGCAUCAGGAGCGAAAUGGACGACCGGAGCAGGGGAGCCAGGAACGCGACAUCACCAAGCUCGUGGAAGCAGCGGCCAAACUGACGCUGAAAUUGGCGGACGAACACCAACUGCUGCUUCAGGACUGCGGGUUUACUUGGUUCGUGAGCACGGAGCAGGGGGGAGUACUCCCCAUGAUGUUCGGCAUCAGCUCGGAGUGGAAGAAGCUGAAAGAGACCAACCCCCAAAGGAUCACGCAACCUCUGAACGUGCUCAUGCUGGAGUGCAUUGUGACCGAACUGCAAGCUCGUCUUCGAAAGAUUGGGGAGGACACCAGUGUAAAGACGGAUGCGAUUCAAGCGGGAUGGUGUACGGAUCAGGGGGAGUGGAAUUACAAAACCUGGGACCCAACACAGAAGGAGCUCGUAGCCACGACACGGGAACCUAUGCCGACCACGGCCGUGGAAAGUCUCCUCAUCGAGGUGCUAGCGGACAUCAAGGAACCGGGAAUUCUACACAAGUUUCAUGCGACGCACACACUUCACGAAGACAUGGACAAAGCCGAGGACAACAAGGAAGUCUGCUUCACGAUUCAAGUAUCCCUUCGCAAUGCGGGCGAGAGGCUACAUCGCAACCUGACCCAGCUCUGCGACAACAUGGUCCUCAAGCUCUUGCGCAGCAGGCUGCGUCAGGAGCGCAAGCGUCGACAUGGAUUGGCCAAACAGCUGGUGAAUAGUUUGGGCAUGGGGCAAACAGCCUGGCGCACCAUUUUGGUGCAGCGCAAGGCCUUCCAAGUCAUGUUCGGGGUUUCGCCAUUCCAUGGGACAUGGAAUGCUCGAGUUUUGGAGGCCGUACGGCUGCAAAAUCAUGACAUUGGCGCGUGCGAGCAGAUGAUUCAGCUGGAUGUUCCGACCUCUGGUCGAUGGCAGCUGCAGGCAAUGGUCGAUGCAUGGCAUCGUCAAGCUUUUCCGUACGCUCUGGAGUCGGCACCCCAAUGGCUUGCACUACGGCUUGACAGAUUUCAACAGCGCUGCGAGUCAGGACCAGUCAACAAAGUGAGAACCGCCAUGGACUGGUGCACAGACCUGAUGCUUCCUGAGUUCACCGAAGGUUUGGAAGUUAAGCAUGUUCGCUACCGUGUCUGCGCUUUUGCCGUGCACCUAGGAGAGAGUGUGACGUCUGGGCACUACAGAGCUCUUUUGUACAAUGCGAUCACAGGGAAGCUGCAUUACUGCGACGAUAAUGCGAGAGCUGUUUUGCUUAAAGACUUCGGUAGGGUUUCGAGGGACGUUUAUGCCGUUUUCUUAGCUCGCUCGCAUUAG